AUGUCUUUUCCGCAGAAAAAACUAGUCAUCUUUGUUUUUCUCCUGAUUGUUCUCAUUGGAGUUUGUCGCUUGUAUGCUGACAAUAGUGAUCCAAUUAUACCUUCAGAAUCUGCGCGUAAACAUUACAUAAUUAUGCUGGACAAGAAUAUAGAUAAAGCGAAUAUGGAUGAAUUCGAAGUUUCUCUUAAAGGUCUCGGUGUGGUUAUUCUUAAAACAUACAGAACUGUAAUGAAAGGUUGGGCAGUUGAUAUGCCUGAAGUAUUUGUCAGUUCCUUGUUGGAAGACAAGCGUGUAGUCUCUGUAGAACCCGAUCAAACUGGUAAAAUUUAUUGGUUUUUGCGCAGAUUUAUAGCUUCCUGA